AUGAGCCCAGUUAAAAAGACUCGCCGUACACCGGUUGUCGAUAAGCAAGCGCAUCAGGAUAAGAAGUUGCCAAAAAGAAAGCUAAUAAUUACAACAGACAGUGACUUGGACACACCCGGGAAAAACAUGGAUAAUAUACAAAAAGCUAAAAAGACUCGCAGUACGCCGGUUGUCGAUAACCAAGCGCAUCAGGAUAAGAAGUUGCAAAAAAGAAAGCUAAUAAUUACAACAGACAGUGACUUGGACACACCCGGGAAAAACAUGGAUAAUGUACAAAAAGUGACACCGGAUGCUAACACGGGCGGGCCAGCAACGCGAACAAGAGGAGGUAAGCAAGCACAUCGCGAAAAGAAGUUGCAUAAAAGAAAGCUAAAAAUUUCACCAGACAGUGAUUUGGACACACCCAGGGAAAACAUGACGAAAAUGAAAAAGGUUGAUGUCGAUGCGGGCGGGCCAGCAACACGUACUAGAGCAGGUCAACAAUCACGGGCGGAUAGCAAAACAAAGAAAAUCGUGAAAAGGAAAUUAAUAGUCGACAGCGACUCAGAGAUGGCUGGAGAAUUCACCUUGUGUCACAAAGGCGAUGCGGUCGAGCCACAGAACCAUGCAACUGUGGUGAGGGAAACAAAAAAAGAAAAACAAGAACGGGUGCAAAGGCGAAGUGGGAAACCACCAAAAAGCAAUAAGUGGCCAAAAAUAAAAACACGUUCAGCGCCUAUGCAAUUGUACAAAUGCAUCAAAGCUCUAACCAGUAAUCAACAAGAGGAUGUGAAGAGGAUGGGGUUUGGUAAGAUGCUAUCUUUCAACAUCAGUAGCAUACCUGCAAGGCUUGCACACUAUGUUGUGGAUCACUUCAACACAGAAGAAAUGGCUAUCGAGAUGUCCUGUGGGUCAAUAAGUGUUGAUGUUGAGUCUGUGCAUGACAUUUUUGGAAUUCCUAACAAAGGCAUAAACAUGCAAAAUGUAAAACAAUCUGAGAAGCUUGAUGGUGCUGUUAUGGCAUGGCGAAAAAGAUACCGUUCACGAUUUGUGGCGUCGACAAAACUGGCACAAUCUAUAGUCACAAGUGAUGAAGACAAUAGUUUCAAUUUCCGUCUAGACUUCCUGAUGUUAUUCUUAACCGUCAUGGUUGAGUGUAAUAGAAAUGGGCGAAUGAAGGAGUGGAUUUUGAAAAGUUUAACAAGAAAUACGGAUUUCAGUAAAAUUAAUUGGUGUGCCUACGUCAUUCAGCAAAUUAAAUCUUGUAAAGACGGAUGGAAGAGGUGUGAUCCUGAUUCUCCAUUUUCAGGUCCACUCACGCUUUUGGCUCUGUUGUACGUUGACCGAGUUAAAUGCACCGGACUUGAAGUGGACCGGUCAAUCAACCCAAUCGUAUUGUGGAAUAAAAACGAAUUGAAAAAGAGAGAAAGAUUAGAGAUUAAAGCAGGUGGUUUUGGAAGAGGCAGCUUGCAUGAAGUUGCUGUGGUUAAACGGGAUUUUAGGAAAACUGAGUUACGAGUUAAUGAUGAAGUUCUUAAUAAUGAGAUUGAAUCUAUUAGAAAGCAUUUGGAUGUCAUGGAAGCCAAAAAGCUAACGGUACAAAAAAAGUUGGAGGUUGUGUUUAAUGCUCAUCCACGCAAUGUGCAAGUUCAGAAUUUGAUACAACGGUAUGAGAAGAUUGUUCACUCCAGGAAAACAAGGGGGUGGCUUGUGCCUGAUACCCCACAAAAAAAAAUUGCCGGGGUCCUCAUGUCUCUCAAGAAGACAGUGCAAACCCCUGAAAAUGAUUACACGGAAGAAGAUCAAGAUAAUGCCCCAACUGCAGCUGAGGUGGCAAACGUUGAUGAUGAGGGUGAGGGUGACAAAACACAAGAGAAGAUACCAGAUUCGCCAGCUACUACACAAAAAAAUGUCACAUGUGUGGUGACACGCGACGAAGAAAGUCAGGCAAAAGAUCAAGAGAAGAAAGCUACACCGAGAAAAUUGGACACCAGCAACGAAACACAAAACAUGGAAGAAUUGCUUGAUGGCCCUACCUUUGACCUACUUACACAAGGAACCGACCUAGGUGCUGAUGUCGAAGAAACAACGGAUGCCAUGAAUCAAGAAGAUAAAAAAUCGAAAGAAGAAGAGACCAAGAAUAAAAUCAAUGGCAAGGGUGAGGCUGAAAAUGAUAUCAUAAAUAACCCUUGGGUAAAGGAACUUGAAUCAAAACGAAGAAAACCAGUUGGGAGGUUCGCCGGGUCAUGCGAUGACGAUGAUGACGGAAUCGAAAUUGAUAUUACGUCAGAUGAACAGCAUAUUUGGGAUUUUCUGUUUGAUAUCAAAUACUCAAUGCCACGGAAAUUGGUCAUCUCUUUGUCUAGCGGGGUAACAAGAAAAUUUGGUGAAUCUGCUGAAGAUAUUAUAUUCAAUAGUAUUUACGGCACCGAAAUCACAAAGACGCUAAUGCGCACAUUGAGGGAGGAAGUGAAGGUGUUCCCUGACGUGGUUGAUGCUUGGGUAGAUUUAAUGAAUUUUGAAGAAUCAGAAAGAACCAACGGCGACUUGACGCGUAUUUAUUUUCGAACAACUGUGAUAGACAGCUGGUUAUUGACAGAUUCUGCUUGUGAUGAUGAUGAACGUAUGAAAACGUUCAUCGAAAGGGUGACGGAUGCGGGCGCAUAUGAGUUCAUUGGUUUGAAAAUGGUUUUCUUUCCAAUCCUUGAGAAUGAUCAAUAUUACUUGAUGGUCUUCGAUCUGAAAAAAGGCGCAAUAACAGUGAUAGACCACAGGCCUGAUCGCACACCCUUAGUUGGCAUUAGGGAUCAUCAAGACUACUACAUUAAAGACACACCGUACAAAGUGAAGCAUAUGAUGGACGUUUAUUUGGAGCUUUGCGAACAUCCAGCAAAAGAUGAAAUCUCAGCGGCCAAGAUUGAAAGGUGUAAUAUCAAAUGGGCGACCCCUGCGCAUCCAAUGGAUAGUGCGGUAUUCCUUAUGCAGCACAUGCAGAAAUUUAACGGCAUCAAUGAACCUUUUGAAUGUGGUUUUAGCAGCCACUGGAAGAUAAAGCAAAAACAGAUUCUUGCCCUCCGAAAAAAAUUCGCUACACGCAUGCUAGUCUCUAAUGUGAAUUUGAUGAACGCAAAGGUUCGCGAGGCUGCAUUAAUAGUGUAAGCUUCUUCUAGUGUUGUGUUUUUUGUGGACAACUAAAACAAUAUAACUCGUACUUUGCCAGUUGCCUAUGUAUGUAUUUAACUAUUAGACUAUGUCGUUGCUUUUGAAACAAAUGUUUUUAUAUGUAUGUUUAAUGUUAA